AUGGACACUGGGAAGAAAUGCACUAUCCAUUGGGAGGGGGUUCGUAGUGCUCGUACGGAACGUCUACUUGCCUGGUGCAAGGAAAAUGAAGACGCACGCAUCAAGCUUUUCUCCAAUUCUGCAAAGGACGCCAAGGAGCAAGGUCGGAAGAAGAAGCAGAGUGGAACUUCGAGAGAUACCUUCUAUUCACAGGUCGCACAAGCUGUAUUUUCAAAUGACGAGGAUCUGGAGGUCCAACGACUCUUCAAGGAGGACCCAAAGGCAUUUAUUAAACCAGUUUCAACUCGUUUUGGCACGCUCAAGAAAAAAUAUAACGAGUUCAACAAGGAGCUCAAGCAGUCAGGAGCUGGAAAGACGUAUGCGGAGCUGCAAGAGGAUCCAACGAUGAAGUCGUUGAUCGAUACAAAGCUUGAAAAAUUUCCCUGGUGGCCUGAGCUUCAUGGCUGGUGGCGCACAAACCCAGCUUUCAAUUACGCCUUCUCUACUGCGGAUACAGGGCAAGAUUUUGCGGCCACUGCAUUAGAACACUUUGCUAUUUCAAAGCAACCA